AUGAUUAACGAUCACGCCCAUGUUGCCCAGUGGCAGAAUGAUUUACUGCCUCACAUUGUUGACCGACUAGCUCGGGAGAGACCUGAAGCUAUCUAUGGCUUGUGGCCCGUUGCACCCGAUUCCUAUGAUGCCGGCUUUCGUACUGUUACCUACUUACAGUUGGCUAAUAUCGUGAAUGGCUUAGCAUGGUGGCUUACUGAGCAACUUGGACCCAGCUCUCAUCACGAAGUCCUGACUUAUAUCGGGCCCAACGACGUGCGGCUUGUAGCGCUGGCGUUAGCCUCGAUGAAAUCGGGUUACGUACUUUUUCUUACAUCGCCGCGCAAUAGUUCUGCAGCUCACCGUAAUCUUUUCGACUCUUUGAAGUGCCAGACUCUUGUGACGACGGACCCAGCACCAUCGUCCGUCUCUACUAUUCUUGAAGCCGUCAAACCACGUCGUAUUUCUAUUCCUAGUCUACCAGAGCUCUUAGAGAAGCCAUAUCCGCACUUCUUCUAUGACAAAACCCUCGAGCAAGUCCGCUGGGACCCGGUCGUUGCAAUUCACAGUUCUGGAUCAACCGGUUUGCCGAAGCCCCUGAUAUGGUCGUAUGAUACACUUGCACGGGAGUGUAAUUCUAAUGGUUUUGAGCCCCCCGAGGGAACGACCUCGAUCGAUAGCAUAUGCCAUGGCAAGAGAGUAAUAACAACAUUACCUCCGUUCCAUGGAGCUGGUUUGGCACAAUAUCUAUUUAACGCCAUUCCAUUUGGCAAUAUUGUGAUUGCACCAGCAGCUAUGGCCAUUGUGACCGCUCAGGGGCUUGUAGAAGCCCUCAAGCAGGUACCAGCAGAUAUAGCAGUGCUCGUACCAUCAGUUGUAGCUGAACUAGCCCAGGAUCUCGAACUGCUGGAUUACUGUGCAACCCAUCUUGAGCUGAUUCUUUAUAUCGGAGGACCGCUAGACUGGCGUUACAUUCGCUUCCAUCCGUGUACUGGUGCAGUUUUUGACGAAGUUACCAGCAACAAUUAUGAGUUAACUAUACGACGCGACAAAGCCCUCUCCGAUACACAGACAGCCUUUUCAAUGCCAAGCCAAAAGGAGCUUGAGGAGUAUCGUACCCGCGAUCUUUUUGAACCUCACCCGACCGUACCAGACGCUUGGCGAUGGCGCGCUCGUGCCGACGACAUUAUAGUAUUCUUAAAUGGAGAAAAGACGAACCCGAUUUCAAUGGAGCAAAAUAUCCUGGCUAAAAAUCCCGAGCUAAGCGGUGUCUUGGUAAUUGGUUCUCAGCAAUUCCAGGCGGCCUUGUUGAUUGAGCCAGUUAUCAAACCCCUGACUACAGCGGAUCAAGCUGCGUUAAUUGAACGCAUCUGGCCCAGUGUAGAUGAAACUAACAAAGAUGCGCCGGCUCAUGCGCGCGUGGAAAAGGCAUUGAUCCUCAUAGCAUCCGAUCCUCCGCUAAUUCGCGCUGGGAAAGGUACUAUCCAACGAUCCGCCAGCAUCGCUCAGUACGCAGCUGAAAUCGACAAGUUAUAUGCAGAUAUAGAUAUAGCUCUAAACGACGAAACUGAUGAAGCGCCAGAUGGUACAAUCAGCGGUGAUAUCACACCCCUUAUACGAAACGCUGUUUCUACUGUCACAGGCUGGCAAGUCAUAGAUGACUCGGCCAGUUUCUUUGAUCGGGGUAUGGAUUCAUUGCUGGCACUUCAGCUCACGCGUGCAUUGCGACGUGCUCUUCGUCGGCCUGGAAUUGGCCUGUCCACAGUAUACCAGAAUCCUACCAUUCCACAAUUGACGUCGGCUCUUCUAGACCAAAGUAGUGCGCCUAACGACUACGAUCUCAUUGGCUCUUUACUGGCCACCUAUCGUGAACUCGUUCAGCAGAUUCCAAUACCUAAACUACUGGCAUCAAACCCUACAGAGCCAAUCGACGUGAUUUUAACAGGCUCCACCGGUACACUAGGGACAUACACACUACGAGCAUUACUCGAUCGGCCUGGGAUUGGACACAUAUUCUGCCUCAAUCGUAGCCAAAGAGGUGGUCGCAGCAUACAGUCCUAUCGUUUCGCGGCGACCGGGUUAGCGGCAGAUUUUGGUGAUCGAGUAACUUUCAUACAGGCGGAUUUAAGCAAUCCUUCUCUUGGUGUUGACGAGGGAACAUACAAUGAAUUGCGUUCUCGAGUUGGACUCGUUAUCCACAACGCUUGGCCAGUGAAUUUUAACUUGGGAUUACAAGCUUUUCGACCGCACCUGGCUGGAUUGGUGAACCUAUUUGCUCUCUCAGCAGCUUCUACGGCGCGGAAGAUGCGCAUCGUUUUCAUCUCUUCAAUAGGGGCUAUUGGAGGGCGGUCAGUUGAUUCCGGGGCGGCCCCUGAAGCGGUGCUCGAGCCCCUUGAUAGCCCCGCUGCCAACGGCUACUCCCGGAGCAAGUUUAUAUCUGAGAACCUUUGCAAUACUGCUUCUAAGCACUUGGGUAUUCCCGUUACGAUUGCACGGGUCGGCCAAGUUGGCGGCGCCGCCCGCUAUCCUGGCUUGUGGAACCCCUCCGAGUGGCUCCCAAGUCUUGUUAUCAGCUCCUUACACCUUGGUUGUUUUGCCCAGUGA